AUGGAUUGGACGAAGGAGUACAGGAUGUUUCAUGUAAAUAUUGAAAGCAGCAUAGGUAGAGGACUACUUCUAUAUGUACAAGAUUCUCUUUAUGCAGAGGAGGCAAAACUUUCAGCGUCCUUUGAGGAGCAGCUUUUUGUGAAAAUAAAGAUAAACAGCACAGACUAUUUCCUAGUUGGCCUCAUUUAUCGGUCACCGUCAGACAAUACCGAAGAAAAAAAUGAAUGUUUAAGAAACCUGAUAACUGAAGCCUCAAAAAUGAAGUGCAAACACUAUCUCAUUAUGGGAGAUUUCAACUAUCCUAAUAUAGACUGGGAUCUACUGUGUACAAAAAGUGAAAACUCUGCUGAGCAGAAAUUCAUAGAUUGUCUGCAGGACAACUUCAUGUUCCAAACCGUCACAAAACCAACAAGGUGGAGAGGAACGAACAUUCCAACCAUUUUGGAUCUUGUGAUCACAAAGGACGAAAAUGCUGUGGAGGAUAUGGAAUACCAAAGCCCAUUAGGAAAGAGCGACCACUGUGUUAUCUGCUUUAAAUAUGUUUGCAGGGCAAUACUGAAAAGCGGACCAAAAAAGAGGAAGACUUAUAGGAAAGCUAACUUUGCCGGUAUGAAGAAGGAAAUUAGCGAAACAGAUUGGGAAAGCAUUCUGGAGUCACAGAGCACAGUAAACGAGAUGUGGCGUCAAUUCCGACAAAAAAUUGAGGACAUAGAAGAUAAAUAUGUGCCAGUAGUCACCAUCAGACCAAGCAGAAAAACGAAAAUGCCCUUGGACAAAGAAACUGUCACCUUGAUCAAAGAAAAAAACGCACUGUGCAGAAAAUAUGUGGCUACCAAGGAUCCAAAUAUAAGGAAAAAGUACAAUAGGACUAGGAACAAAGUGGCAAAGUUUGUGAGGAAAGCAAGGAAGUCAUUCGAAAAGAGUAUAGCACAAGAGGCAAAAACUAACCCAAAAAAGAUAUGGCAGUAUAUUAACUCAAAAAGUAAAACGAGACAAGGAAUCGGGGAACUGUGUGUCGACCCUAAAAAUCCAAAGUCCAAUAAAACAGAAGUGGAUGAAGAGAAAGCAAAUAUUUUAGCAGUCUUUUUUAGUAGCGUUUUUACACAAGAACCUGAGGAAGCCAUACCCGAACUGGACAAACGCCCUAUCAAGAAGGAGUGGACAGAAUUAAGAAUACUGUAG